ACAGCACACACAACCAGAUAGGGGGAAGAGAGUCGCCGCCUGAUCACUUCGAUCACAAGCAUGCCGCAACCUAAUAGCGUUGUUAGCGUCUGGUACCACCUGGACUUCCUGUUCUCUUGCACAACGCCUGUCAGCCAAGCGACGCACUACUACCGAGAGGGGCGGUACACAUCCUGCUCCGACUGUUGGAAAGACUUCAAGACGUCGAUCGCGGCCAAGAUGUGUAACGAAGAGCAAGAUGCACUUGAGCUGUUGAAAGGGUUAUCCUACCGGCAGCGACAGGGAGACCUCAAUCCUUCACUAGCCAUUUGGGAACGGAAAGAAGAGCCGUCAUUUACAUGACCGUUUCGCUUUUCGGUUUAUUUCGAGCCUAGACGUCAGGAAUCCUGCUACACGACUCCUCUUGAGGUGUACACAGAGCAGCCGUGUUCACCUGAGCUGAUCGAGGGGGUGGGUAGACGACAUGUUUCUUCCUGCCUGUUGGAGAUGGCAUUAGGGUUGCUGUCUGGACGGGACUUGCCGCUCGCGGAGAUGCCUAUAGGAUGGAGUCCUCGGUGUUGAAGGCCGCGAGGGCGCCGUGGACCGGCGUUCUCCCAGGUUCUCCUUAUUCUUUGCGUGACGGCCGCACAACGAUGGUUUGCCGUCUUACCUGGCCCAAUGCCUGGCCCAGCAGUUUGGCGCAGCGCUACACAAAAUUGAAAGAGGCGUCACGGCGAGCGAAGCGUGCGAUGUGUUUGCUGCCUUCAUCUAUUUUGCACUUUACUUUCGACGGUUGGGGUGGCAAUUUCAACUGUUGGGCUGCCAAACUUCUACCUGCAGUCCUCAGUCUGCAGCAGGCUAGCAGCCGUCCAGCCAGCUCGCAUAGUUGGUGUUGAGCUCUAGAGGGAGACGGUGAUCACAGAGGGAAGGGUGGUCAUCACCAGAGGGGUUUGUUGGUCUUGGUGCGCUUUUCGGUUGGUUGAGUGGGGUUGCCGGCCUGCGGUUUGUGGUUUGUGUAAUUCGCCGUUCCAGACUCCCGACAGAGUAGGAGAGGCGCCGCCACAUCAUUUCAUGAGCAAGAAUGCCGCAACCUAAUAGCGUUUUUAGCGUUUGGUACCACCUGGGUUCCUGCUGCACAAGUGAAUGAGAGCGAGCCAGACCAGAUGUGCAGGGAGAUUUUCAUUCUUGACAAUCGAUAUAUAUAGUCUAUG